UCCAAAAAAAAAAAAAAAAAGAGAGAGAGCAAAACUUCCCUUCUCUUUACUCUCUCUAAUGGCUAAACUUCUCUCCCAAACCCUCACUCUCCGGCGAACACAGCUGAGCCUAAACCAGCUCCGGCGAUUCCGAUCGACUCUCUCCGGAAACGGCCGCCUGACCGAGAUAGAGCUAUCGCCGUCGUCUUCGGAGGGCGGCGAAUCGGAGGCGUUGAUGCUGAAGAAGCUCGACGACAUUGUGCACAGGUUCAUCGUCCAGAGGGCCACUCCCGAUUGGCUCCCCUUCCUCCCUGGCUACUCCUUCUGGGUCCCACCUCGCCGCGGCUCCAUGAAGUUCGCCGACUUUGUAGGCAAGAUCGCCGACCACCUCUCCGACGAGGAGUCACUCUCUCUCUGCUCCGAUCGCGGCUGGCCUUCCUCGAGGUUCUUCGUUGACGAAUUCGUGCCCGUCUUCGACGGUGGACUCGGCGCCAUAGGAGUGGACGAUUUCGGAGCAGUUGCGAAAAUACUCGAGAAUUCUAUUUUCUUUGACGAGGGUAGAUGA